AUGAAAUAUUCAAUUAUCUUAGCUUCAAUUCCAUUAACUUUAGCUUAUAAAAAUUUUGAUAAUAUAGUAGAUCAAAAAGCAGUUUUAUCAGAUGCCGCCUCAGCUAUGGGGGGUGCAGCUGAUACUGUUACAUCUGGAGCUGCUGGUGCUGCUAAUACUGCCAUAUCUGGUGCUGGCGGAGCUGCUGAUACUGCCAUAUCUGGUGCUGGUGGAGCUGCUGAUACUGCGACAUCUGGUGCCGCUGGUGCUGCUAAUACUGCUGCUUCUGGAGGUCAAGACGCUGCUUCGAGUGCAACUGAUGCAGCUGCUGGUGGAUCAGAAACUGGAGCAAAUGAAUCUGCUAGUGAAGAAACAGGAGGAUUUGCAGAAGAAAGUGGAGUUUCAGAAUCUGGAAGUAAUUCAGCUGCUGGCGGAGGAAUUGGUUCACAAACUUCAGGUUCAGGCUCAGGCUCAGGACCAUCAAGUUUAAGUUUAUUAUCUUCGAGUGGUUCAUCACCAUCUGGUGGCUCUCUGGGCUCAAGAUCUGAUUCAAAUUCAAGAUCUUCUGGUGGUUCAAGUUCAGGUUCAAAUUCAAGAUCUUCAGGAGGUUCAAGUUCAAAUUCGGGUUCAAUUUCGGGUUCAAAUUCUGAUUCAAAUUCAAGUGGUUCAGAAGCUGGUGGUAAUAUAUUAAAAUAUGGUAGCUUAAUGUAUGUUGCUGCUUUAGCUUUAUUGUAA